AAGAAGAAAAUAGGACAAAAAGAGGUAUUAAACAUUUAAACCAAAAAAGAAAAAUUGCUCAAGCAGUAGAAGGGAACCACCCGUAACUCUAUCCAUUUGUUUUUUUUUUUUUUUUCUCUCGACCUCUGUUUCAGACACAGUUUAUGGUAAGCAAUUAAAGUCACAACAAUGGCAACAACACCCAUUCUCCAAUGCGUCUCACAUUCUCUCACAAAACUCAACACAGAAGCCCCAAGACACGAACCCAAUACAGCUGCACUUGAACCACCUUCAUCUUCCAUACUUUCUCUCAUACCCAAAUGCACCUCUCUCAGAGAGCUCAAGCAAAUCCAAGCCUACACCAUCAAAACCCACCAAAACAACCCCACCGUCCUCACAAAGCUCAUAAAUUUCUGCACUUCAAACCCCACAAUCGCCUCCAUGGACCACGCCCACCGCAUGUUCGACAAAAUUCCCCAACCAGAUAUUGUUCUUUUCAACACCAUGGCACGCGGGUAUGCGCGCUUUGAUGACCCACUUAGAGCAAUUCUUCUGUGUUCUCAGGUGUUAUGCUCUGGCCUCCUUCCGGAUGACUACACUUUCUCCUCUCUUCUCAAGGCCUGUGCAAGGCUCAAGGCACUUGAAGAAGGUAAACAGCUGCAUUGCCUUGCUGUUAAACUAGGGGUCGGUGAUAACAUGUAUGUGUGCCCGACUCUCAUUAACAUGUACACUGCCUGCAACGACGUGGAUGCUGCUAGGAGGGUCUUUGACAAGAUUGGUGAACCGUGUGUUGUCGCGUAUAAUGCGAUCAUCACGAGCUGUGCGCGGAACAGCCGCCCCAAUGAGGCCUUGGCUCUGUUCAGAGAGUUGCAGGAGAGUGGCCUCAAGCCAACUGAUGUCACCAUGCUCGUUGCGCUUUCAUCGUGCGCUUUGCUCGGGGCAUUGGACUUGGGGAGGUGGAUCCAUGAGUAUGUCAAGAAGAAUGGGUUUGAUCAGUAUGUUAAGGUGAACACUGCACUUAUUGAUAUGUAUGCGAAAUGUGGGAGUUUGGAUGAUGCAGUUUCUGUGUUCAAGGACAUGCCUAGGAGAGACACGCAGGCGUGGUCGGCGAUGAUUGUUGCUUAUGCAACACAUGGGCAUGGCUCCCAAGCCAUAUCAAUGUUGAGGGAAAUGAAGAAGGCGAAAGUGCAGCCUGAUGAGAUAACGUUUUUGGGUAUAUUGUACGCGUGCAGUCACACUGGAUUGGUGGAGGAAGGUUAUGAGUACUUCCAUAGUAUGACUCAUGAGUAUGGGAUUGUUCCGAGUAUCAAACAUUAUGGAUGUAUGAUUGAUUUGCUUGGUCGAGCUGGACGCUUGGAAGAAGCCUGUAAGUUCAUAGAUGAGCUGCCGAUCAAGCCGACACCAAUUCUGUGGCGGACAUUGCUAUCUUCUUGUAGCAGUCAUGGCAAUGUUGAAAUGGCAAAGCUAGUAAUUCAGAGAAUCUUUGAGCUGGAUGAUUCCCAUGGCGGCGAUUAUGUCAUUUUGUCAAACUUGUGUGCAAGAAAUGGAAGAUGGGAUGAUGUGAAUCACUUGAGGAAAAUGAUGGUAGACAAAGGAGCACUAAAAGUCCCUGGCUGUAGCUCAAUAGAGGUCAACAAUGUUGUGCAUGAAUUCUUCUCCGGGGAUGGAGUUCAUUCCACUUCGACCAUAUUGCACCAUGCACUUGAUGAGUUGGUAAAAGAAUUGAAGCUGGCUGGGUAUGUGCCUGACACAUCUUUGGUCUUUUAUGCAGACAUAGAGGAUGAAGAGAAAGAAAUUGUUCUCAGAUAUCACAGUGAGAAAUUGGCCAUUACUUAUGGUCUUCUGAAUACUCCUCCUGGAACAACAAUUCGUGUGGUAAAGAACCUUAGAGUCUGUGUGGAUUGCCAUAAUGCUGCUAAAUUUAUAUCAUUGAUCUUUGGUAGGCAAAUUAUUCUAAGAGAUGUCCAGCGGUUUCAUCAUUUCAAAGAUGGGAAAUGCUCCUGUGGGGAUUACUGGUAGUGAAAUUUGUUGAGUCAAUUUUUAUUUUUUAUUAAAAUUUUAAAGAGCUGGUCUAUUUAUUUCACAAAAGGCUUGUUCCUGAAAUGUUGGGAAUGGGUCAUGGUCAUGAUUGGCAAAUUCGAUAAGUGACCAGAGUUACAUAAUACAUGUUUGUACAAAUUAUUAACUUCUAAGGUUCAGGUUCAUUUUCAUUUUCAUGUAAUGUAAUUUGUUCAUAUUGUCUGUAUUUUUUGACAAGAAAGUUUGUUGUCGUAAAUAAAUAAAUAAAAAGGCAUAUUGAACCUUGUGAUAGUA